AUGAACACGUCUGUAUUGAGAUCGUUCUUUCGCAAAAUACCACAAAAAGUGAUACAAACACGCAAAAUACACUUAUGUGCAUCAAAAUUUCAUCAUUGUCCAAGUCCUUUGACGCAAUUUUCGGACGAUGAACUCAUGAUGAAAGAAACAGUCGCUAAAUUGGCCAAGGAAGAAAUUGCUCCACUCGUACGGAAAAUGGAAAAAGAGGGCAAGAUAGAUGAUGGUGUUCUAAAGACGUUAUUUGAAAAUGGUUUGAUGGGUCUCGAAAUCCCAACAAAUUAUGGCGGCACGGGUGGCAAUUUUAUGAGCACGAUUUUAACUGUCGAAGAAGUGGCAAAAGUUGACGGAGCCGUAGCUGCUCUUGUUGACAUCCAUAACACUCUGGUCAACUCAUUGAUCAUUAAAGUAGCGUCUGAAGAACAAAAACAAAAAUACUUACCUAAAUUGGCACAAAAUUACGCUGGUAGUUUUUGCUUAACGGAACCUGGUUCAGGAUCAGAUGCUUUUUCUCUCAAGACCGUAGCAAAAAAGGACGGUACGGAUUACGUGAUUAAUGGCACAAAAAUGUGGAUAUCAAAUUCAGACAUCGCGGGAGUCUUUUUGGUUUUUGCCAACGCGAACCCUUCCGCAAGCUAUCGCGGCAUUACGACUUUCUUCGUGGACCGCGAUAUGCCUGGUUUGACGGUAGCUAAACCUGAAGACAAGCUAGGUAUCAAGGCGUCUGGAACUUGUAUGAUCCAUUUCGACAACGUCAGAGUACCCGAAAGCAACAUUUUGGGUGAGUUUGGGCAUGGAUAUAAAUAUGCCGCUGGAUUUUUGAACGAGGGUAGAGUCGGCAUAGGAGCUCAAAUGAUUGGUAUAGCACAGGGGUCUUUAGAUGCGACUAUACCAUACACGUUGGAGAGAAAGCAAUUUGGAAAAGAUAUUUUCUCGUUCCAAUCGAUGCAACAUCAAAUAGCUCAGGUAGUGACCGAGUUGGAAGCCGCCAGGUUGCUCGUUUACAACGCAGCUAGAUUAGUCGAUGCUAAACAAGACGUUAUGAAAGAAGCAGCUAUGGCUAAACUAAUUGCUUCUGAAACUGCUUUACGUGUCACUGCCAAAUGCAUCGAUUUUAUGGGUGGCGUUGGAUUUACAACGGAUUUCCCUCAAGAGAAAUAUUUUAGGGACUGCAAAAUCGGUACUAUUUACGAAGGCACGAGCAAUAUGCAGUUAUCAACAAUUGCGAAAUGUAUACGCAAGCAAUAUUCCUAAACAACGACCAGUACAGAGUUUUUUUUUUCUCAAAUUGUGACCUUUCAAUUGUCAUAAAGUGAUUACGCAAGAAGCGUACAAUAUUAUAACGCGAUCUGCAAAUGUAAGAUUUAUAAUAUCGCACUUGAUUUCAAUGCAUCUCAAUGUACAUCCGCGCAAGCGUAUUUCAUCGAAAUAAAACUUAUAAACGAAA